AUGCUGGUCGUCGCAGCUGGAAGUUUCCAGAGGCUUGGCGGGCCCACUUUAACUAAGCCAUCCCUAUCAAAGCACUAUUUGAAUCAGAAUAUAGAUGCCUCCCGGCUCCCCAACGUUGACGACCUUCUGGUCACGACGGACAACCCAGCGCACACCAACUUGGAGGGGUUGGAUCACGCACGGUGCGCGGCUUUGCAAAAAUACCUUGCGCAAUACGCCUGGCUCGCUGAGGGCCGCGACCUAACCAGACUGUACGAGAACAACAAUUGGUACACCGCUUACGGUGCUAAAGCCGAUGCUCUCCGUCCGCGGCGAGAGCCCUCACUGGCGGCAUUUCUUGCCGACGUCACGAUCCCUCCUUCUAAUGCUCAGGAGCCCGCGCCCUCCUUUCUCUGGACUAGCGAGCUCUCUGAACCAUCCGGAAUGUUCUAUGAUGGGACACGACACGAGCUAGCAGUGGCAGAUCCCAAGCUGCAAGGAUAUGGAGUUGAAAAGCUUGCAGUAAACAACCCAAAGUAA